AUGCCUGGAACCUCUGACGAUCCAGUCCUCGAAGAUCCACAACCUCCAAUGCGCACAUUGGCGUCUUUAAACUGGCCUUAUAUACCGGAUGAAUCCGCCUUCCCCGAUCCUCUCAAGCGCGACGACCCGAAGCCUCUCCAGUUGCCGCAAUACGAAGCGAUAGCCACUUCUUCAUCUGUCCGACAUGUCAUCGGCUCCAACCCUCGGCUUCGAGACAUCCUGACGUCCGUCGACGCGCUCCGAGGCGAGGCACGAGAGGUGGCUUUGCAAGAAGCUCUCGGCGUUGGAGGAUCAAGAUCGCAUGCCCUUGCAUCUCUUGGCCAUGCCUCGGAUGAAGAUAGAGAGACUCUGAGACGACUCGCAGAGGCCAUCGAGACCGCAGUCAGAGGAGGCAAGCAAGAUAUGUUGGGUCUUGACUGGGGAGACUGA